CACAUUAAUAUAUAUACAUAUAUGGUUCAUUUUGGUUGACUUGUCUUAGUUUUUUUCUGGGUGUUUUUUGUUUCGUAUUAAGCUUUAGCAGAAUAGAUGUUAGAGACUAUGGCAGAAGAAUCGAUUUCAAAUGGUUUUAUCAAGAAUCCUGUAACUGGAUCCAAUCCUGCUGUUGUUGCAAAGAAGAGAAACCUUCCAGGAACACCAGGCAAGUACCCUGUGUAUAUGAUUAUAUCUGCAAAAUUUUUCUCUUUUGAGGAUCAUCUUCAUGGUGUACUUAUGUUAUGUUUGACACCAGAUCCUGAAGCUGAAGUGAUAGCCUUGUCCCCGAAGACUCUGACGGCAACCAACAGAUUCUUGUGCGAAAUAUGUGGCAAGGGUUUCCAAAGAGAACAAAACCUACAACUCCAUCGACGAGGUCAUAACCUCCCAUGGAAGCUGAAACAAAGGACGACGAAAGAAGUGAGGAAGCGCGUGUAUGUUUGCCCCGAGAAGACUUGCGUUCAUCACCAUCCUUCGAGGGCUCUCGGGGAUUUAACCGGCAUAAAGAAGCACUUUUAUAGGAAGCAUGGGGAGAAGAAGUGGAAGUGCGAGAAGUGCUCGAAGCGAUACGCUGUGCAGUCAGAUUGGAAAGCUCACUCGAAAACCUGCGGCACCAGGGAGUACAAAUGCGACUGUGGUACCCUAUUCUCAAGGAGAGAUAGUUUCAUCACGCAUAGGGCUUUCUGUGAUGCCUUGGCCGAGGAAACAGCUAGAGUAAAUGCAGCUUCCGGCAUGCAUAGCUUGGCCGCCGAAAAUUUCAAUUACCAACUUAUGGGGAAUCCACUAGAUACGGUGAUGCCUUUCUCCACUGUUUUCAACCCGAUUUCAAGCAAUGAUGAAGCAGUAGACCAAACUAGACGUGGAUUUUCCUUGUGGAUGGGACAAGCAUCUCAGGGCUAUGACUCAUUUGGCAAAAGUACUCUCCAAGAGAUUCAUCAAUUCGGUUCUUUGAAUCCGGGAUCGAUAUACGGAGAUCCUAUGGUUUCGACAUCGAAUCCUCCCGUAUCGGAUUAUCAGCUAAACUGGGUGUUCGGAAACAAGGUCUCAUCGGGUAAUGUUGAAGAUCAUCGGCUAUCAAGCACUUCACUUCCUUUCAGUAAUGUCAAGGAAAAUGGACCUCAGCUUGUGAGUGUUCCUUCAUUGUUCAGCACCCAACAGCAGUCUCAUCAAACACCAGCUUUCAGUAUGUCCGCCACAGCUUUGUUGCAGAAAGCAGCUCAAAUCGGUGCAACAUCGACCGACACAGCAUUCCUAGGAAGCUUCGGUACCAAGUGUAGCAACAGUCAAGUUCAAGAUGGGAACAAGCAUAGUGAUCUGUAUGUUUCAAACACGCCAAGCGAUUUAGAAAACUCAGCAAACGGUAUUUCCACUCUGAAUCAAUUGCAAAUGUACCCCGCAAAACGGCGGCGCAUGCAGAAUGAAGACAGCGGCGGCGGCGGAGGAGGAGGAGAAACAAGAGAUUUUUUGGGUGUUGGAGUACAGGUCAUUUGUCACCCAUCUUCAAUCAGUGGAUGGAAAUGAGAAUUGGCACAUGAAAUUGAAUGACUUUGCAGGGAAGCAAAGUGUUAAUCCAUGCAUAUUCUCUUCAACCUUUGAAAGCCAAUUCAUCCCUUUAAAAAAUUAUGGCUUUUUAACUUUGAUAAA